GGCUGCGCCCUCCCGCUCCCACCCACUCCACACCCCGCCGAAAGCGGACACUGUCAGCUGAUUCACUCCCCUUUCAGGAGGAGGGAGGGGAAAAAGGUACCUAGCCCCUUUCUGCUUAAAAAAAAAAAAAAAACUAAACUAAAGGGGGACCCCCAGCAGCUUUGCAGCCGCUCCCUCCCCACGCCUGGACCAUGCACCCCUGCAUCUUCCUGCGCGGCCACAGGCGAGCCCUUGAUUUUGGGAACUAGGGCUAAAACUUUUGACUCUCCUUCUCCCUAACAACUGAAUCAUGCCAUGUGCCCGGAGGAGCUGGCUUGCAAACCUGUGCGUGGUGGCCCAGCUCCUUAACUUCGGGGCGCUUUGCUAUGGGAGACAACCUCAGCCGGGCCCGGUGCGCUUCCCAGACCCGAGGCAAGAACAUUUUAUCAAGACCCUGCCAGAAUACCAGGUGGUGGGUCCUGUCCAAGUAGAUGAGAGUGGGCAUUUCCUGUCAUAUAGCUUGCACCUUCCUGUCCCCAGCAGCAGAAGGAAGAGAGACUUGGGUUCCUCAGAGGACUGGGUCUACUACCAAAUUUCACACGAGGAGAAGGACCUGUUCUUCAACCUGACGGUCAAUCAGAGAUUUCUUUCCAAUAGCUACAUCGUGGAGAAGAGAUAUGGGAACCUCUCCCAUGUUAAAAUGUUGGCCUCCUCAGGGCCUCCCUGCCAUCUCAGGGGCACAGUUUUGCAGCAGGGAACCACAGUUGGGACUGCAGCCCUCAGCGCGUGCCAUGGACUGACUGGAUUUUUCCAUCUACCACAUGGAGACUUUUUCAUUGAGCCUGUUAAAAAGCAUCCAGUGGCUGAAGGUGCCCACCCACACAUCGUUUACCGGAGGCAGAGAGUUCAAGAGACAAAGGAGCCAGCCUGCGGAUUAAAGGACAGUCUUGGCACCUUCGAGAAGCAAGAGCUACAGCGAGAAAAGUGGGAGAGGAACAACAUGCCAAGCAGAAGCCUCUCUCGACGCUCCAUCAGCAAAGAGAGAUGGGUGGAGACACUGGUGGUGGCUGACACAAAGAUGAUCGAAUACCAUGGGAGUGAAAACGUGGAGUCCUACAUCCUCACCAUCAUGAACAUGGUCACUGGGUUGUUCCAUAAUCCAAGUAUUGGUAAUGCAGUUCACAUCGUUGUGGUUCGGCUCAUUCUCCUUGAAGAAGAAGAGCAAGGACUGAAAAUAAUCCACCAUGCAGAGAAAACACUGUCUAGCUUCUGCAAGUGGCAGAAGAGCAUCAAUCCCAAGAGUGACCUCAAUCCUGUCCAUCAUGAUGUGGCUGUCCUUAUUACCAGAAAAGACAUCUGUGCUGGUGUCAAUCGCCCCUGUGUGACCUUGGGUCUGUCCCACUUGUCAGGAAUGUGUCAGCCUCACCGCAGUUGUAACAUCAAUGAAGACUCUGGACUCCCUCUGGCCUUCACCAUUGCUCAUGAGCUUGGACACAGCUUUGGCAUCCAGCAUGAUGGGAAAGAAAAUGACUGUGAGCCCGUGGGCAGGCACCCGUACAUCAUGUCCCAUCAGCUCCAGUACGAUCCCACUCCACUGACGUGGUCCAAGUGCAGCAAGGAGUAUAUCACCCGCUUCUUGGACCGAGGCUGGGGGUUCUGUCUUGAUGACAUUCCCCAAAAGAAAGGCUUGAAGUCCAAGGUCAUUGCCCCUGGCGUGAUCUAUGAUGUCCAUCACCAAUGCCAGCUCCAGUAUGGUCCCAAUGCUACCUUCUGCCAGGAAGUUGAAAACGUUUGUCAGACGCUGUGGUGCUCAGUAAAAGGCUUUUGUCGCUCUAAACUGGAUGCUGCUGCAGAUGGGACAAGAUGUGGUGAGAAGAAGUGGUGCAUGGCGGGCAAGUGCAUCACAGUGGGGAAGAAACCAGAGAGCAUCCCUGGAGGCUGGGGCCGCUGGUCACCCUGGUCCCACUGUUCCAGAACCUGUGGGGCUGGAGCCCAGAGUGCAGAAAGGCUCUGCAACAACCCUGAACCAAAGUUUGGAGGAAAAUACUGCACUGGAGAAAGAAAGCGAUAUCGCUUGUGCAACGUCCACCCCUGUCGCCCAGAUGCACCAACAUUUCGGCAGAUGCAAUGCAGUGAAUUUGACACCGUUCCCUACAAGAAUGAAUUCUACCACUGGUUUCCAGUUUUUAAUUCAGCCCGUCCUUGUGAGCUCUACUGCCGACCCAUAGAUGGCCAGUUUUCUGAGAGAAUGCUGGAUGCUGUCAUUGAUGGUACCCCUUGCUUUGAAGGUGGCAACAGCAGAAAUGUCUGUAUUAAUGGCAUAUGUAAGAUGGUUGGCUGUGACUACGAGAUCGAUUCCAAUGCCACGGAGGAUCGCUGUGGUGUUUGUCUGGGAGACGGCUCUGCCUGCCAGACUGUAAGGAAGAUGUUCAAGCAGAAAGAAGGAUCUGGUUAUGUUGACAUCGGGCUCAUUCCCAAAGGAGCGAGGGACAUAAGGGUGAUGGAAAUCAAAGCAGCAGGAAACUUCCUGGCCAUCAGAAGUGAAGACCCAGAAAAAUACUAUCUGAAUGGAGGAUUUAUUAUCCAGUGGAAUGGAAACUAUAAGCUGGCAGGGACGGUCUUUCAGUAUGACCGGAAAGGAGACCUGGAGAAACUGCUGGCCCCUGGCCCCACCAAUGAGUCAGUGUGGAUCCAGCUCCUAUUCCAGGUGACUAACCCAGGCAUCAAGUAUGAGUACACAAUCCGGAAAGAUGGCCUUGACAACGACGUGGAGCAACUGGUGUACUUCUGGCAGUUUGGCCGCUGGACAGAGUGCAGUGUGACAUGCGGGACAGACUCUGCCGGAUCCUUCACUGGCCUCACCACUCCAAGAGAUAUUGUAGAAGGAGGUCUCCCAACGACUGUUGGGUCAUGCACCUUCAACAUUAUUUUCCUGAUUCAUCACAGAAAACCAAGGUGGUGGGCAGGAGAAUGGGAAGCAUGUUCCACAACAUGUGGGCCCUAUGGAGAGAAGAAGCGUACAGUAUUGUGCAUUCAGACCAUGGGCUCUGAUGAGCAAGCUCUCCCAGCUACAGACUGCCAGCAUCUGCUGAAGCCCAAGGCCGUCAUUUCCUGUAACAGAGAUAUCCUGUGUCCAUCGGAUUGGACAGUGGGCAACUGGAGUGAGUGUUCUGUUUCCUGUGGUGGAGGAGUGCGGAUUCGCAGUGUCACGUGUGCCAAGAACCUGGAUGAACCUUGCGACAAGACGAGGAAACCCAACAGCCGAGCCCUGUGUGGCCUCCAGCAGUGUCCGUCUAGCCGGAGAGUUCUGAAACCCAACCAAGGCACCAUUUCCAAUGGGAAAGAUCUACCAACCUCUGAGCAAGACCCCUUAAAGCCCAUCCCCCCACCCACACCCACGCCUACACUGCUUACCACACCCACCGUGCCUGACUCUAUGAGCGCCAGUACUCCAGCAGUCAGUAGCACUCCUCCUGCCACAGCCUCCAAAGAGGGAGACCUGGAUGGGAAACAGUGGCCAAAUACUUCAACCCAAACCAACCUGGACUCCCACGAUCUCAUUUCCACUGGAAGCACUUCCCAGCCCAUCCUCCCUUCCUGGUCUCUGAGUGUCCAGCCCCAUGUUGAAAAUGCUUCUAGUUCAGAUACUGGUCCUACUGCAGAGGGAGGCUUUGUAGCUACCACAAGUAGUUCUGACUUAUCUUCUGGCAAUGCUGUGACUUGGCAAGUAACUCCAUUCUACAGUACCUUGACCAAAGAUCCAGAACCGGAGAUUCACAGUGGCUCAGGGGAUGACAGUGAACAGCCCAAGAACAAAGAUGAAAGUAAUACUGUUAAGUGGAGCAAGGUCGGUGGGCCUAGAAAUGAUGAUCCAAUGGAGAAAAGUACAGAGAUGCCACUUGGACCUCCACCAACACCUCACAUCGGGGAGGAGUCCUUACAGCCUCCCUCUAGCACAGUAAUAGAAGGACCACUACCUAGUCAAAGACCCAGUAUCCUGAAAAACGGGACACUCAGAGAAGAAGGGAUGGUCACUGAAAAAUCAAGUAACACUCCACUCCCUCAAGGGAUACUCUCAGAAAAGUCUGUAAAAAAUCACCACCUGGAACUUCCAAGCAACGCAAAUGUAACGCAAGAUUCUGAACCAGUCCUGACGGAGGAAGACGCGUCUAGCCUGAUUGCUGAGGGGUUUUUGCUGAAUGCCUCCAAUUAUAAGCAGCUCAUGAGGGACCACACUCCUGCAUACUGGGUUGUUGGAAACUGGAGUGAGUGUUCCACCACCUGUGGGUUGGGGGCUUACUGGAGAAGUGUGGAGUGCAGCACCCAGAUAGACGCUGACUGUGCGGCCAUCCAGAGGCCUGACCCUGCAAAGAAAUGCCACCUUCGCCCAUGUGCCGGAUGGAAAGUGGGAAACUGGAGCAAGUGUUCCCGAAACUGCAGUGGAGGCUUCAAGAUCAGGGAGAUUCAGUGCGUGGACAGCUGGGACCAUCACCGGAGCCUGAGACCCUUUCACUGCCAGUUCCUGGCUGGCAUUCCUCCCCCUCAGAGCAUGAGCUGUAAUCUGGAGCCCUGUGAGGAGUGGCAUGUGGAACCCUGGAGUCAGUGUUCCAGGUCCUGUGGAGGCGGAAUUCAGGAGAGACGUGUGUUCUGUCCAGGAGGCCUCUGUGACUGGACAAAAAGGCCCCCAUCAACUGUGCCCUGCAACAGGCACCCAUGCUGUCACUGGACCACUGGGAACUGGGAUCUGUGCACAGCUUCCUGUGGAGGUGGCUUUAAGAAGAGAACUGUCCUUUGUGUCCCAUCAGAAAACAAUACAGCUGAAGGCCAAGAUGGUUGCCUAUGUGAUCAUGAACCCAGACCCCCAGAAUUUCAAAAAUGCAACCAACAAGCCUGUGCUGAUUUACUUUGCACCAAUGACAGGCUGUCAGCCAGUUUCUGCCAGACACUGAAGGUCAUGAAGAAAUGUUCUGUGCCCACCAUCAGGGCUCAGUGCUGCGUCUCAUGCCCCCAGGCACACGUCCACACCCAGAGACAAAGAAGGCAACAGUCACUCAAAAAGCCCUUCUAAGUCCAGAAGGAAGCCACCCUCCACCCUAGACUGCAGCAACCUGCUGACCGGGACAUAUUUGGGUCCUGGGGGCCACGUCAUUGAGGUUUUGCUUUACACAUUUCAGGUUCAACUUUGGGUCAUAACAAAACAAAACAACUGCGUUCUUCUAGCCACAGAAUGUCCCUCACAGGAAGCCUGGGACUUUCACCCUUGGUGCUCCCUGAUAGGAAGGUAAAAUAUCUAGGAGAACCCCACAUCACCUGGGAUCAGCUCCUACAAAAGGUGAAAGAUUAGGCAGGUGUGUGAAAUGAUGAGUUUUUUUCCCCCCCUUAAAGAUGAAAACAUACCAGGUUUUUCCCAGUCUACCUCAAAAGUGUCAGAAAAAAAGAGCCAUAAUUACCCAGGGAACAAAUCAUCUUUUAAAUUCACCUUGAAGAAUACAUUCUCUCCCCCCACCUGCCUGGGGCAGCUGCUGUUUAAAAGGUCAUGGGGAGCUUUUAGGAACAUUCCUUUCAUGCAUCCGUCCAGGAGAGAACAGCUUUCUUUGCCCAGUGUUCCUGAGGACAGGAGGAGAGUGUGCUGACCGCAUCCCUCAAUCUACCCCUCAAUCCCUGUAGGACUCCAUAGCUGGACUGUUUAGUGUCCUGUGCCAGCCCUAAGACCCUAGACUACGAGGACACAGAUAUCAGCUUCAGCCUAAGGAGUUUAGGCUGGUUACACAGAACACAUUCCCAACUUGAGGACAAUUUCUAUGCAAAAAUCUUGAACUGAUGUCCAUCUUUCUAGCAAAAGACAGGAAAUGUGAGCCCUUUAUUCCUCCCACUCUCCUGGCAUGUACCCAUUCCUUCAUAGAACAGCAAGUGAGGUUCCCUGCCUCAUUUGUUCUUCCUGGUGCCUGCCUGUGUCACAAGCUCAGGUCCCAAUAUUGUCUUGGUGUACAAAGAUCACUACAACCAGCACGAGGCUGCUACUUACCCUCACCUCCCCUAGGGCAGGAAAAAGAACCCUGCAUGACAGUAUUUCAAAAAACCAAGUAAAUCGUAUUAAGUACAAGAAAUUAGUGCAAACUUUCCCCCCUUAAGUUGAAAGGGGGGAAAACUGUUCAAAGUGAUGUAAUGAUUAUCUGUGCCUCAGUGUACCCAUAAGUUUACUUUUAUAGGUCUUUUACUGCUAGGGAUGUAGCUCAGAGGACUUAGCAUACAGGAGGUCCUCAGUUUGAUCCUCAGCAAUUCCCAAAAAAAAAUAGAAUUGAAAAUACCGAUAUUUACCUUGUGGGUAGGGGCAAGUCAGGAGAGUCCAAAAAACUGAAAUGAAAGUUAAAGUUCUUAUUCUGGAUGUUCCUACCUUCCAUCAGGUGAUCAGAAGACAAGUAGGCUGUGAUCUUGAAUCCAGAGCAAAUUUUCAGGUAAACCAAUUUCUAAGGGGAGGUCCUGAACUUGGAGAGAAGGAAGGUAGAAGGAGGAGUAUAAGCCCCAAGGGAAGAAGACCUCAGAACCAAUUCUUGAUAUGGGGAGGGAGUGUGGCCUUCAUGUAAUGGGCAGCAUAUUUUCAUACUCAUGCACAGAUACACUUAAUCAUGAGACACAAAUCCCCUAUUUCUCUUUAGUUAUCUGUCCAUUCAGCAGAAUGGUGCUAUUGAAAAAUGGUGCUAAUAUCUAGAUGGUGGCAGAACUAAUAUAAAUAAAUAGUCAUACAAAUGGAUAGGAGUAUGUGAGACUACUUCCACAGGGACAUCUUCUGAUAAGUGUGGAAUGGGUGUUGCUGGUCAAUGCCAAUUCUAUUGCUUAGAUACCAUGAACUUCACAGUUUAUACUAUUUGCUUUUUACUUUUCUUCAAGCCAUUAGUGUAUAUUAUUCUGAUAAACUCCUGUGGAAAAUAAAACACUAUACUUGGGUUGAAAUUCAGGAUAGAACAGAACCAGGAGGAAAGUAAAAGUGUUUUCCUAAAGCCAAGGAAUUUAUUUCUAGGUAAAUACUAUGUUCUUGCAUUCUCUGUCUUUUAAACAUUUUAAACAUU